AUGAAGCUGAUUGAAGAGAACGGUACGGGCCUCGACAUGAACGUCACAUCGAGGCAAGGAACCACGCAGAUGCACACGUCCGAUCUGAACAACAGCUUCGGACCCCAACGCGAAGUGCCUGCUGGGUUUCCUAUAAUCAGCCCGGCGUGGCGAUAUUUCAAUGAGGAGGCCGAGGGCUGGCUUGAGACAUGGAAGCGCCAGGUCACGGCCGCGGCCAAGAGCAUUGGGGACGACAUGUUUGGCGGUCGAGCGGAUGGCACAAGCAAAAUCCAAAGUCUCGGCUCGACUGAUUGA